GACUUGACUUCAUUCUCAUUCUCAAUCGCAUUCGCAUUCGCAUUCUCAACUUCAACUUCAACUUCAACAUGCCAAUUCUCAAUCGUACUUCUUCGACUAAACAUUUCACUUCACCUCAACCUACUUCAGCAGCUCUAAUCAGUAACCAUUCAGCUCCAAACUUACCUACUAAUCUAGAUGUCAACACAAACGAACAUCACAACGAAUCAUCUGAUUCCGAUGAUACUAAACUCAAACAACUAUUAGCUGUCCUCAAGAAAGCAAUCGGAGUAAAGGAUAUGGGUGCAAUGAGAUUAAGUUUACCUGCUAACUUAAUCACUCCAAUGGGCAACCUUGAAUACUGGUGUUAUCUUGAUCGACCUGACGUUUUUGCUGCUAUCGAUGAAUCUGAUGAUCCACUCGAAAGAAUGUUGGCUGUCUUGAGAUGGACUUUCACAAAGGAUCUCAAGUUUAUUCAUGGACCGAUCUGUAAACCCUAUAACAGUGUCCUUGGAGAACAAUUCAGGUGUCUCUUCGAUGUCAACCCCGUGAAGACAGAUUCAAAGACAGGGAAACUAGAAGUUUAUGAAACCGUUCCACAGUCAACCCCCGCAAGUCCUACAGAAAUUCUUUGUCCAUCAGGCUCUCAGCAGCGUUCACCGAGUCAUACCGAUAGUCCAGCGAGUAGUACAUACACACAUGAAGUUCGAUCGAUUUCUACAAUUGCUACUACAGUCUCGGGUUCAAGUUGUAAACCUGAUAAUAACAAAAAAGCUAGAGUGGUCUUUCUCAAUGAACAAGUCUCUCAUCAUCCUCCUAUCUCUUGUUUCUGGUAUGAAUCAAGACCAAUUCCUCGGAAUGAAUCGGAUGGUUCAGAAUUACCUUCAAAUGUCAUUGCAUAUGGUGUAGAUCAAAUUAGUGCCAAGUUUACAGGUACGAGUGUGAAAGUAUUCCCAGGACCGAUGAACAAGGGAAUCUAUGUUAAGCUACCAAGGCGGGAUGAGGAGUAUGAGAUCACACAUCCGACUGCGACUAUCACCGGCUUGUUGAGGGCUAGUCCGUAUGUGGUUAUCAGUGAUUACACCUAUAUAACCUGUCGUGGUGCGAAUUCCCAGGAGCGUUUCAGGACAAUGAUCAAUUACACUGAAGAGAGUUGGAUUGGUAAAGCUCGAUUUGCUCUCGAAGGAAUCAUCUACUUGACCAAAUCAGAAGACGAAAUCUCAGAAUGGACAAAGCUCAAACACGUUCCAGUAGAACGAAUUCAGUGUAAAUUCCACGGAACUUGGCGAGGAGAAAUAUUUUAUACCCUUACAACUGAACCAUCCAUCACGAAACCUUUAAUAGAUUUAACCCAAUUAUUUCCAUUACCCAAAGUAGUUAAACCAGAACCAAAUCAAAGUCCCCAAGAAAGUCGAAAGUUUUGGUCUGAAUUAACUAAUUUAAUCAAAUCAAAAAAUUAUUCAGAAGCUACUAAAGUUAAACAAAUCAUAGAACAAAACCAAAGAGAUUUAGCUGGGAAAAGGAAAGAAGGAAGCCAGAGGAAUUUUGAAACUGAAUUAUUUGAAAUUGAUACCGAUGAAUAUAAAGAGUUUAGUAAACCGUAUUUAAAAUCGAAUGGUAAAGAAAUUUUGGAAGCUGAAUUUAAAGCUAUUGGUUAUACAUCUUAAUAUCAAAUGGAAAGGGCUUUUUUUCUUUUUUUUUCUCAUGAAGGCUUUUCUAUUCUCUUUUUUUGCAGCAUAUGCAACUUGUCAUCGUUUCUUCUUUAUAAUCUUAAGAUGUUUAUAGUCAUGAUCUCUCUCUACCUCUUUCUUAGGCUGUGUGGAUUCUAUGUGAUUGUAAGAGAUGAAAGGUUUGAUUUUUGAUUUUUUUGAUUUUUUCUACUUUUUUCAAUACCUCUUGUAUGUAGAUUGAUGAUGAUGAUGCUGCUGCUGCUAGAAUUUAAUUUAAUUUGUUCUUCUUUGUGUUUGUUUUACCCUUAACUUAUUGACAUACAUUGACAUCUCCUUAGUCAUAUUGUUGGAUUUCUUUUUCAAGAUUUUCUCUUUUCUUAUAAAUUUCUAUUUGUUUGAUAAUGAUGAUGAGAUUUUAUAUUUAAACAUGGAUGUUUGUCUUUGUGGGUCUAUUAAAUUGAUUUGAGCAGUCAGAAAAAUGAUUUGGAAUGUUAUUCAAGAUGUAAAAAUG